UGGAGCUGGGUGGCAGGAGCUGCAGACCCCUGCGGGUUGCCUUGGGUUUGGGGUAGCCCAUUUAUUUCAUUAGGGACUUCUGGAACAGGACAUCUUGUUAGGGUUGGCAGCCGUGGACACAUGUAGAAUUUAUGUUAUAGGUAAUUAUAGUUUUUAGCAGUGAUUUAACUUUACAGUCUCUGCCGGGUGGGGCUAGUUACAGUAUGUUUUGGGAUGAGGUAGGAACACUGUAGGGAGGGUCACUAACAUAUUGAUCAGAACUUUAUUGGAAGAGCUCAUAUGUCAUUUGACAUACUUGGUAUACUUCAUCUGGAACAGCAACCUUAUAUAGUAGGAAUUAUUAUCCCCUUUUUACAAACGAAGAGUAAAUGACUCGUUCAAGAUUAAGGUAGGGAGACAGAGCUCAAGUGUUUGUUACUCAUUCUUUUUCUAUUUGCUGCAUUCGAAAUUACCACUAGGGCCACUAGGCAGAGCUCUCCAGUAGCUGCCUUCUUGUGUGACACGUGAGGCAGUGGUGAUAAUUGCUGAUGACACAGUUGCUACUGGUGCCCCCCCCCCUUUUUUUAAACUGUUUAUUUUGGAAUAAGCUCAGCUUUACAGAGAAAUUGCAAGAUGGGACAGAGAGUUCCAUUUGUACCUUUUUGUGUGUGUUUUGUGUUUUGUUUUCCUAGAUCUUUGCAUCAAGGAAAUCCACUGGUACCUUUUAAGCAAAGCAAAGUGGCUCCUCUUCAAAGAUGUUGGUUCUUGCUUUGUGCCAAACACCAUCCUAGGAGCUGGAGAUAGUAACUUAAUUCUCCAGAGGAUUUUGAGAUCUUGCUGAGGAGAUGUGUAAAUAAAUAUAAUACCUUUUUCUAAGUGCUGAAAUGGAGAUGAGAGCACAGAGGAAGUUAUGGCUGGCUGACUGGCAGGGAGUGGUGACAGCUUACAGGAUAUAGUAUUUAAAUUAGGUCCCAAGGACUUCUUAUUCACUUGGUUGAGGGGACAUUUUCUCCAACAUGCAUUCAAAUUAGUUUUAUUUUGUUAGAGUAGAACUCUCUCUAGCCUUAAUAAAAUAGACUCUUCUAAUUUGAUUUUUCUGUCUCAUCUCCUUUAAGGAGGUAGAAUCCCAGGUGGUGAGAAGAAUCCUAGUUUAUAAAUCCAUGAAUAGGAUAAUAAAUUAAGCUGUAUUCUAAUUGGUAACUGUGCCACCCUUGACCAUAGUUGACAUUGGUUUUUUAGGAAUGCAGUAUGUACCCCCACUGAGAGUUUUCUUUUCCUUGCUUUCCAACUCUGAUUUUCAGUGGAAUUAAGUAAUUCAUUCAGGAAACAUUUAUUGCACACUUGUUUUGUGCAAGCCAUUGCACAAGAAUGGAACGAAAGGAUUUAUUGGAGGGCUGUGGAUGGCUUUCAGGAUUGAUGGGAAGGCUGGGGACCUGGGUUCAGAAAACAGACAGGAAGCAAAAGAGGCUGGGUGGUUGAGGCCACAGCCAAGGUCAUAUCACAUAAAUAGUCUGGCUAGAAUUUUGCUGCUGGAGAAACUGCCACCUUUGUUGCUGGACUGCUGAUUCUCUUCUGCCACUGAAAAAUCUCUUAAUGCACCUGCAUGUUUGUGACAUUUUUCUAGCAUUAUAGUUCUACUUGAGAAUAUGGGAUUGGCUAAGUCACUCUAGUUGCCAGGGAGCAGGAAGGUGGAGUAGCUGUUCACUCGCUUACCUUUCACAAAGAGCCACACACCAAAGAAUUCCUAUGAAAUAAAAAGGUGGCUCAGGGUGUGGGUAGCCCUAAAAGCAAAUGUUCAGCUUCACCAUCUACUCCAGACUUGGAGGCGUUAGGGAGGAAUACCAAGAGGUAAUGAUGUCCAGAGAAUGAAUGGGAGCUCACUGGGCGAAGAGAUAAAGGGAGGAUGGGGAAUAGAGUUUCAGGUAGAGGAACUCCAAGUAAUAUGGAACGUUUCAGGAACCGAAAAGUGUUUAGGAUAGCUGGAUCGUGGAAUAUGACAGGAGGUAUGAAUGAUGAGGCUGGCAGGGCCCCUUUGAAGAAAUGUAGGCAGCAGAGUGGCAUGCACAGACUUUUUCGUUGUUUUUAACUGAUUUGGUUGCAACUAUGGAAACCCAUUGGCAUUGUGUAAGACUCAGGGAGGGGGCUCUUUUGGAGGCUGUUGCAUUUAUCCUAGGUGAGGUGUCACAGUAGUCUGAGUUAGGAUAGUAGCCAAGUAGGUAGGAGAAGGGAGUGGAUUGUACAUGUUCAGUUAGUAGAGUGCAUUUGGGGAUGGAGGGAGUGAGCGAGGUAAGUGAGUGGGGGAGUCAAGGUGGACACUGGGGUAUCUGCUUUGGGUGAUCGAGUAGCUCCUGGUAUCCACCUGCAGGAUGGGCAGCAGUAGGUGAGCAGUGCCAGGUGAGAUGAUUUCAGUGCGGGCUCACGGCCGUGGAGAUGUUGACAGAUCGGUCGUGUGGGUGGAUCUGUAGUUGCAGUGGGCCAUCGACGUCUCUGCAGCCUCGGUCUUUCACUGUUACGUGUGUAUAUAUCAGCCUCCUCCACUAGAUUAUAGCAGUGCUGGCUUUCACAUGCUUGCAUCCCAGGUCUCUGGCAUGGUGUCUUGCACACAAAGAGGGGAUUUAUUCAUAGUACAUUUUGUGGAAUUUUAUUCACAAGGUAUUGGCUUUAGGAGUGAGAUUGAGUAUGAGCAGUUUGCAGCAGAAGGAAAGUACAAUUACAUGUAUAUAAAAUUAUGUCUAUAAUAUAUGCAUGCAUAUAUAUUUACACACACACAUACAUGCCUAUGUCUUAACUUUCUUGCAUCACUAGUGAAGGAUCUAGUGAAUUUUUUUCAUCGUGGAAAGACUUAUUCUUAUCAGUAUUCUCUUGCCGUGAUUAGAACAUCUUAUGGUAAUUAUAUAGGCAGAUCAUGAUGGUAAUAACUCUCUUCUCACUUGAUUAUCUAGCAAUUCCAACUACCUGGAAUAAAACCCAGAAAUAGCCCUGCAAGAGGCUGACAGAGGUUGAUGGCAGUGUAGGAGUAUAAAGAAAUUACCGCCUUUCUUAAUAAAAUAAAAUCCAGAACUUCCAGAAUUUAGCUCUGGAAGGAGAACCUUUUAGGGAGAAGAUGGAGAUAGAUGAAAUGGCCCCCAAUGCUGUCUUAAGUUUCAUUUUUCCUUUUGAACUUUAUUGCUUUUAUUCCCACAGUUUCCAGAUGUUCUUCUUUUAACAGUUUGGUUUUCCUUGAGUAUAGCCCAGAAAACUGGAAGUUCCUAAAAUAUUAAGUACUGUGUACUUAGGGACAGUAAAAGGUAAAGAAACACAAAAUUUAGUGGAAAUAACAGCAACAAUGAUGAUCAUGUUUUUGAGUUCUCAGUUUGUAUAAACAUUGUCCCGGCAGCACUGUACAUAAUCUCAUUUAAUUUCCCCAAGAUCCUUUGAGGUAUGUACUACAUUUUAUUUAUGGGACACUCAAAUUUAGGUUGACUAGCUUGUGCAGGGUUACACAGCUGUUAAUAGUAGAGCCAGGAUUUGAACCAAGGCAGUCUGACUUCAGAAUCCUAUAUUUUUAGUCACUAAGCUAUACCGCAUUCCACAGUAUUUUAGCAUUAGUUCACUCAACAAUUAAACUUUUUUUUUUUUGGUUUCUUCCAUGUCCAUUGUGAUAUGUGAUCCAUGUUAAUGAUCCAUUUAAGGAUAAGAUAAACAUGAAAAAGAUAAACACAUUGCCCUCACAGUCUUGUUGGGAAACACAAGACUGGGAGCUUGUAGUCUUUUUGGCAAACACACAUUAUUGCCAUGCAUUGUGGAGCCUAGGACAAGGUUGGCUCAGUCUGAGAGGGGCUGGGGAGGAGGGGAGUCCUGCACUGAGGCUGAGGAUGCCCAAGUGUGUUGAGGCGUGGCGUUCAGGGAGUCAGGAAGAGCGCUCAGCUGUGAGGCAGCCCGGCAGAGCACUGGGAAGUGUUGCCUUGGGAAGCAGGGGCCUGACCAUGAGGGAAGGCAUUUAGACAUUAUUACAAGGGCAGUGGGAGCCAGUGGUAGGCUAAUGCAGUCAUUCAUGUCUUAGCACUUAUUCAAAAGAAGUGUUGAGUCCUGUACCAUUCAUUGGGGCAUGGAUGCUGUGAAAGUUGAUGAUAAAGAGGUUUGAUCUAAUUUGGAAGAAGGUUUAGGGAGACUUCUUAGGGGAAGGGAAGUCCAUCUACUUCCGUUAUUUAUUUAGUUAUCUGCAGUUGAAAAACCAAUGCAUGCACACAAUAAUAAAAUGCAAACAGUACAGUAAUACCCCAGACUACCAGGACUACUCUCCAGAGACAAUCACUAUUGACAGUUUUUAGUGUCUUCUAGAAAUGCCCAUUCUUCUGAUGUGAGCAAAGCGGACAAAAGCAUUAUCUUCUUUCCAUGAAGCAAUUCCGACAGUAAAGCCCGAGUAAGGCAGGCCAGGCAGUCAGUACUGGAAAGGGGCCUUUCGUAAAUUCCGUACCUGAGAAGGACACAGCAUAGGCAGAGGUCCCCAUACCCCUGUGUAGUCAGCGAGACACCGUCAAUGCCUGUGAGACAGUGUGAAUCCAUUUCUACCUUUAUUCUUAAACUUUUUUUUUUCUUUUUUAAAACACUCAAGUACUGGAGAUAAAGUGAACAUGCUCCCCGAUCCCAAUUGCUUCCCCAGAGGUAACCACUGUUAAGUACUUUUAGACUUAACAAGAUGUCUUGGUGAGCUUCUCAUGCUGUCUCAUCUAGAUCUUUGUAAGCGGUGUGUAAUAUUUCAUAUUAUGCAUAUGUUAGCUUAUUUGACCAUUUUCUUAUUAACAGAUGUGAAGGGUUUCUGGCCUGAGUGAUUUGGUAGGCUGUAAAGCUACUCACUGCCAUAAAGAACAAAGGAAAAGGAGUCAGUUUGUAGGGGAAGUUGAUGAGUGUGUGGAGCAUCCACAUGGACCUGCAGGCCUGGUGUCUGCAGAGCUGUUGGCUGGAGAGAAACAUUUGGGAGUCAUCAGUAUAGGGGUGGGAAUGAAAACCAUAGAAGUAGAUCUGGUCACCAAGGAAGAGGGAUGAAGAGAGAAGAGAGGCUGCCUCUUCAAAGUGCAGGCUUCUGGUUCCAGCACAGCUACUCUGCCCGGGGAUUCAGGGGGUUCUGGGAGGGAACCAUGGCAUGAAGUUCUCCACAUGGGUCCUUGCCCAGGUUUUCUCUUUGUUACCUCUUGCUUGUUUCCCUGUAGUGGGUGCCAUUCUCUCUUUUCCCAGGAGUUUCCUCAUGUGCACUUUGAUCUCUUUGCUGGUCUGCUGUGCCCACCAGGGCCUUAGGUUUAUCUCACACUCACGAGACUCCCAUAGGCCACACUUGCACAGCAUGCUGCCAAGGGGAUAGCAUGGGGGCCACAUCUUGCCAACCUGGCCGUGACAGAUGUUCUCUCGGGGAGAGCUUGCAGCAGUCUGCACAGCUAUGCAGAGGCUCUCUUCUUCCCAGGUGACCCCUCUAGUGCAGGGAUACAAGACCCACAUUGGUAGGUAUAGGAUCAGCCUUUAUGUUUGAAGCCUUGUGCCCCAUAGGGAGCCAGUGUAUCCGAACAGUUUGUAGGCAUAGCUUCUAGGGUCCUUGGCAGAGACACACCGUUUAUUAGAGUUGUGCUCAAGGGGUGUCUAAAGCAUGGCGUCUCCAUCAGAUAUUUAUGGUUCGUGCAUGGUUUGUUGGAGCCCAGAAGCAGUUUACCAAUCGGGCCAUUCUUAUAAUAAGCAGUUUUGCUUAAUGGCAUUGUUGACAUUCUUACCCUUGUUAGGGGAACAAAGCCAGAUAGUUUCCCCAAUUUUCCCAUAUUGGGGAAAGGGUUUUGUUGGCCUUUUCACCCACUGUUGGCCACACCAAGAAGGAAGUGGAGUGCAUUUUUGGAUAUUUUGGAUCUGCCUGCUCAGUGCCAUUUCUAGGGUAAGAGACACUCUAGCAGUGACCUCAAUUCUGACCACCUUCUUCACCCUCAGUUACGUGGAGUGAGGUCUCCAGUCUUAAUUAUUUCCUGAUCUUAUGAAGACUGGCUUUGGAUGUGACAAUCCUGAGUUUGAAUUUGAUGCCUAUAGCUACCAGCUAUAUAACUUCCGAUAAUUCUCUUAGCCUCUCAGAGCCUCGGAAGCUUCAUCUGUGAACUGUACAUGUCUUACAGAGUUUGUGUAGAAUGUGGUUAUGGGUGCCCAGUGAGCCUCACUGGACAGGAGAAACAUCGUCCGCACUUCAUUAACGAUGGAUAUUGAGAAUAAACCUGAGAAUGAUGAGGAUGAAAAUAUAAAGAGAGAAGCACAAGACUUGAAAAGUAUUUCAUCCCACAGUGAAGACUGUGGGCCUGUAUCCGAUGUGAUAGCAAAUUCCUCUGAAAACUCCACAAGCAAGAGAGGUUUUUCAGAAUCAUCAAACUUUGACAGUGUCGUCGUAGAGGAAGAGAGAAGUAAACAUGCUUCCAAACGAAUGAAAUUAGAUGAGGCAGCGCCCCUUAAAACUAGAGAGCAGGGCUUUCACGGAUUAGAAACUUCCCAGAGCUCGGUCACACGUGUGGGUACCCUGUUAGACGAAGCCGUGAAGGAGGCCUUCCUGAACGACUGCACGGGUGGAGGCACGUGUCUCCCAAACGCUUUCUCCCCACCUCCCGAUUUUAGCACUGUUGAUGCUGUUUCUCUGAAAACAGACACUGAAAAAAAGUCUGCUCAGGAAGUGGUUUCCCUUGAUCCAGAAAGAGAAUCUCCUUUCCCCCUGAAAGAAAUUAGUGUUAGUUGUACCAUUGGAAAUGUAGAUACAGUUCUCAAGUGCAGCGUAUGUGGCCAUUUGUUUUCUUCUUGCUCAGAUUUGGAAAAACAUGCUGAAUGUCACAUGCAACAGUCAAAAGAACAUAUCUGCUGCCAGUGCAGCCACAAAGCAGAGAGCAGCUCAGCUCUGCACAUGCAUAUCAAACAAACACAUGGGCCACUCAAGGUCUUUUCUUGUGAUCUUUGUGGCUUUCAGUGUGUGGAAGAAAACCUCUUGAAUGCACAUUAUCUUGGCAAAACACAUCUCCGGCGUCAGAAUCUUGCUGCUCGUGGAGGAUUUGUACAGAUCUUAACCAAACAACCUUUUCCCAAAAAACCAUGUACCGUGGGAGCAAAAAAUGUUCGUGCAAAACCAAGAACUUCUAAACCAUUAGCAAAGAAUGGUGAUCCAAAAGGAUUGCGAAAUGUUGGAACCAAAUUUAAAGAUUUCAGAGGAAGCAUUUCUAAACAAAGUGGUAGUAGCAGUGAACUCCUUGUUGAAAUGAUGCCAUCCAGAAAUACUUUGUCAGAAAAACUAGAGAUUGUUGAAGAUAAUGUUACUUCCCUUGGCAUAGCUCAAAAUCCUGAAAACCAGAGCAAAAAGCUAGGAGCCUUAGUAACUUCAGAGGGUCUCUCAGAUAAAUCGGAAUCUACCAAAAAUAACCUACAGACAGUACAUACUAUCAGUACAACCUCGAGGCCAAGACCUGAGCGAAAUAUUCUAGUGUUGGGUAAUAGCUUUCGUAGACGAAGUAGCACUUUCACCUUGAAGGGUCAGGCAAAGAAAAGGCUUAAUCUUUUAGGAAUUAAUAAAAGAGGCACAAAUGAAACUCAGAGGAUGUAUAUGAAACACUUUAGAGCACAGAUGAAAACAAAUGAUGCAGAGCCGGUGCCUCCCCACGUAGACAUGAGCAGCAGUGUGCAGAGUCUGUGUGUGACUACCUCGGAAACUCAGGAAGUGAAGCAAGACCUGGGAAACUCCCCUCUCCUGGGUUCCACACAGUUGGAGUCCCUGACAGUGAAGCCAGCUUCUGACCCUCAGAUGUUAUAUACUUGUACAGACUGUGGGCAAAUAGCUACAAAUGGGGUAGAUUUGGAAAUUCACGUGAAAAGGUGCCAUGCCAGAGAGGUGAAAUUUUACUGCCAGACUUGUGACUUUUCCAGCAUGUCCAGAAGGGACUUUGAUGAACAUUUGUGCAAUAACCAACAUCAGCAAACUGCUUCUGUCCUCAGUUGUCAUUGUUGUUCAUUUGUUUCCUUGAAUGAAGUAAACCUUAGAGACCACAUGAAGGAAAAGCACAGUAUGGAUUUUCUUUGCACUGUUUGUAAUCUGUUCUUCUUGUCUGAAAAAGACAUGGAAGAACACAAAGCAACCGAGAAGCAUAUUAGUUCCUUGGUUCAUCCAAAGAUGUCUCAAUCAUUUAGCAAUGAUUUGGUUUUGCAGAAUUUACCUUUAAGUACUUUAGAAUCAGAAAACACAAUGGAUUCUAUGAAUGAGUCAGGAAAAACAGCUCAGGAAGAACCUAUGAAGUCCAGGGUAAGUCAUGGAAAUGAAGGAAGGCAUUCAAGCAAGCCUCAGUUUCAGUGUAAGAAGUGUUUUUAUAAAACAAGAUCUUCCACUGUUCUCACAAGGCAUAUAAAGCUUCGGCAUGGUCAAGACUAUCACUUUCUUUGUAAAGCAUGCAAUCUUUAUUCAUUGAGCAAAGAAGGAAUGGAGAAACACAUUAAAAGAAGCAAGCAUCUUGAAAAUGCUAAGAAAAAUAAUAUUGGCUUAAGCUUUGAAGAAUGUAUUGAAAGGGUAUGUAUAGGUGCAAAUGAUAAAAAGGAAGAGUUUAACGUUUCCGGAAACGGAAGGAUUGAAGGCCAUGGAGGUGUGCAAUUGCAGGAGCAUUCCUAUCUGGAGAAAAACAUAGUGAGUCCUAAGGAACUGUCACAGUCUGGUGUUAGCACCAAAGACGAUGAAACUUUGACCACUGCUCCAAAGAGAGGGAGACCUAAAGGUAACAUCUCACGGACGUGUUCACACUGUGGUCUUUUAGCCUCUAGUAUUACAAACUUGACUGUUCACAUUAGACGAAAACACAGUCAUCAAUAUAGUUAUUUAUGCAAAGUGUGUAAGUAUUAUACUGUAACCAAGGGAGAUAUGGAGCGUCAUUGUGCCACCAAGAAACAUAAAGGACGAGUAGAAAUAGAAGCAAAUGGAAAACAAAGUUCAUAUAUCAUUGUUGGCCCUGAAGGGGGUAACCCUGAAGCCGGUAAAAAGACCACCAGUUUAGCAGUGACCGUUUCAGACGAACACGCUAACAAGCCAACUGAGUCAGACUCCUCCAUUUUACAGAAGCCAUCAGUAGAUAAUGGAAAUUCAGUUACAGUUGAAGUUGAAAAUGUAUUUCAUUCUGCAGAUGGGGAAGUUAACAGUCAUCUUAUGGAUAAAAAGGAACAAGUGUCUCCAGAGCCAGAGGACCUUCGCCAACAAGGGGAUGCAUAUUCCCAGAGAGAUGCUGCAGGAGCAGGUGACACUAAAUGUGUACACUGUGAGUUCCAUGCUCAUUCUUCCGCUUCUCUAGAGCUGCACGUAAAACGGAAACACACAAAAGAGUUUGAGUUUUAUUGCAUGGCAUGUGAUUACUAUGCAGUGACUCGUCGAGAGAUGACCAGGCAUGCAGCAACAGAGAAACACAAAAUGAAAAGGCAGUCUUACCUCCACUCUUCUAAUGUAGAAGCAGGUUCUGCAGAAAUGUCCAAAAACAUCAUUAUACCCGAAGAGGAGCAUCAACAAAAUCCUGGGGAAUUCCAAAUCAUUUCUGACCAACCAUCUGAUACUUUUAAAUCCAGAACCGCUACUGAUUGUUCAAUUUUAGAUGAGAAUACUAAUUUAGAUAUGUCUAAAGUACUCUGUGCUCCUGACUCCGUAGAAAUUGAGACUGAGGAAGAGUCUAAUUUCAGUGAAGACCAUUCCUUUUGUGAGACUUUCCAGCAGCCCCUGGUCAAGGAUAAAGUUAUGAAACCUGAAGAGAUGGUAUCCCUUAAUAUUUCCUCUAAUUAUGGCUCCCCAGGCAGAUUUCAGAAUGAAAAUUCAGGAAGCUCAGCUUUGACAGCAAAGAAAAACCAUGAGAUGUUGAAUGACAUAGGUGACCCAAACAUCCCCUGUGAGAGCAAUGGAGGAAGCACAGCGGACGGUGGAGGAAAAGUCCUUCACAAACACAUGUGUCCCCGAGCCCCUGAUGGGGCGCGCCCAGCUGAUGGCCCUACCCCUGCUGGGAUGAGAACACAAGAGCAGGGAAGCCCCGAGAGCGGGAGUCAAGAUGAAGCUGGGCGUGCACAUGGUUCAGAGGAUUCGAAAGGUGUGCAGGAAGAUCCUGGUCCGGAGGACAAGGGCAUUCUGAUCAAUUCACAGCACGAAGCGGAGAUUAUUUUGGAAGAGGAUAGCCCAGCUUCUGAUAGCACAGCUGAAAGUAAUGAUGUUUAUGAAACUAUAAUUAGCAUUGAUGAUAAAGGGCAGGCCACGUACAGUUUUGGCCGGUUUGAUUCUUCCAUAAUAAGGAUAAAGAACCCUGAAGAUGGUGAAUUGAUAGACCAGCCUGAAGAGGGUCUGAUAGCAACAGGAGUGCGAAUUAGUGAAUUGCCCUUAAAAGACUGUGCUCAGGGCAUGAAAAAGAAGAAAGCAGAAGGCAAUUCCUUUGGCGAAUCCACGCGAAUUCGUUGUGAUGACUGUGGCUUCUUAGCAGAUGGACUUAGUGGACUGAAUGUUCACAUAGCCAUGAAGCACCCUACAAAAGAGAAGCACUUUCAUUGUUUACUAUGCGGAAAGUCAUUCUAUACAGAAAGCAACCUUCAUCAGCAUUUGGCCAGUGCUGGCCACAUGAGAAAUGAACAGGCCAGUGUGGAAGAGCUUCCAGAGGGAGGGGCCACCUUUAAAUGUGUCAAGUGUACAGAGCCCUUUGAUUCCGAACAGAAUUUAUUUCUGCAUAUUAAAGGGCAGCAUGAGGAAUUGCUACGGGAGGUGAAUAAGUAUAUAGUGGAAGACACUGAGCAAAUCAACCGCGAGAGGGAGGAAAACCAGGGAAACGUUUGCAAGUACUGUGGGAAGAUGUGUCGAAGCAGCAAUUCCAUGGCCUUCCUGGCACACAUCCGCACCCACACAGGAUCAAAACCGUUCAAGUGCAAGAUAUGCCAUUUUGCAACAGCUCAGCUUGGAGAUGCCAGAAACCAUGUGAAAAGGCACCUUGGGAUGAGGGAAUACAAGUGUCAUGUCUGUGGGGUUGCUUUUGUAAUGAAGAAGCACUUAAAUACUCAUCUACUAGGCAAACAUGGAGUUGGGACCCCAAAAGAAAGGAAAUUUACAUGCCACUUAUGUGAUAGAAGUUUCACAGAGAAGUGGGCCCUGAACAACCACAUGAAGCUCCACACAGGAGAAAAGCCGUUUAAAUGUACCUGGCCCACGUGCCAUUACUCAUUCCUCACAGCCUCUGCCAUGAAAGACCACUACAGGACGCACACAGGCGAGAAGUCGUUUCUGUGUGACCUCUGCGGCUUUGCCGGCGGGACCCGGCACGCCCUCACCAAGCACCGCCGGCAGCACACAGGAGAAAAACCUUUCAAAUGUGACGAGUGUAACUUUGCCUCUACAACGCAGUCCCACCUGACGCGGCACAAACGUGUGCACACUGGAGAGAAGCCCUAUCGCUGCCCCUGGUGUGACUACAGGUCAAACUGUGCUGAAAAUAUCCGCAAACACAUUUUACACACGGGCAAACAUGAAGGAGUCAAGAUGUACAACUGCCCCAAGUGUGACUAUGGGACCAACGUCCCUGUGGAAUUCCGAAACCAUUUGAAAGAACAGCAUCCUGAUAUCGAAAACCCGGACCUCGCUUAUUUGCAUGCCGGCAUCGUCUCCAAGUCCUACGAGUGCCGUCUCAAGGGACAAGGCGCCACCUUCGUGGAGACGGACAGCCCCUUCACCGCGGUCGCCCUGGCCGAAGAGGCCCCCAUCCGCGAGAAGCCGCCGCGGGGCAGCAGGAGGCAGGCGCCGGCGUCUGAGCAGGUGCAGCAGGUCAUCAUCAUCCAGGGCUACGACGGGGACUUCGCCCUGGACGGCUCCGUGGAGGAGACGGCGGCCGCCACGCUGCAGACGCUGGCCAUGGCCGGCCAGGUGGCCCGGGUGGUGCACAUCACAGAGGACGGGCAGGUCAUCACCACGAGCCAGAACGGGGCGCACGUGGGCAGCGUGGUGCCCGGGCCCCUCCUCCCCGAGCAGCUGGCUGACGGCACCACCCAGGUGGUCGUGGUGGGGGGCUCCGUGGAAGGCCACGGCGUGGAGGAGCCGCUCGGGCCACGCAGCGCUGUGAUCCAGCAGGUGACCAAGCAGGAGAUCGUAAACCUUUCCGAGGCCGGAGCGCCUCCCCCCGACCCGGCCUCAGCCUUAGACGCACUGCUCUGUGCCGUCACCGAGUUGGGGGAGGGGGAGGGCAGGGCGGGGCACGAGGACAAGGGCAGGCCGGGCCCCAAGGACGUGCUGGUCCAGCUGCCCAGCCAGGAGGCCCCCGGCGCCGCCACGCCCGAGGGCCCGGACGUGCAGGUGCUGCAGGGCGCCCCGGAGGGCGAGGGCGUGCUGGCCGACCUGGCCCGGCCCUCGGCCGUGGUCGCCUCUCAGGAGCGGGCGCAGGUGGCCUUCAAGAAGAUGGUCCACGGGGUCCUCCAGUUUGCCGUGUGCGACGCGGCGGCCGCCGGGCAGCUGAUCAAGGACGGCAUCACGCAGGUGAUCGUGAACGAGGAGGGCGCGGUGCACAUGGUGGCCGGGGAGGGCUCGCAGAUCAUCAUGCAGGAGGCCGAGGCCCACGGGCUGCGCGUGCAGGGCGAGCGCGUGGACCUGGUGGAGGCGGGCGGCGAGAUCUCGCAGAUCAUCGUGACGGAGGAGCUGGUGCAAGCCAUGGUGCAGGAGCCCGGCGGCUUCCCCGAGGGCGCCACACACUACAUCGUGACGGAGCUGCCCCCCGGGGUGCAGGGCGAGGCGGGCGUGUUCUCGCACACGGUGAUCGAGGCGGCGGACUCGCGGGAGCUGCUGCAGGCCGGGGCCGCGCUGGGCGCCGAGGCCGGAGCAGACCAGCUGACCAGCAUGGUCAUCUACACCCAGGAGGGCUCCCCGGCGGCCGCGGGGAUCCAGAGCCAGAGAGAAGGCCCAGAGCUCCAGGAGGUGUAGGCGCGGCCCGGCGCCCUCGCCGGCCGGCAGGGCAGGCGCCCGCCUCGCUUCCCUUCCUGAGCUGCGUUUGUGGCCUUCGAAACGACGACAACACGCCUUGGGAGGAGGACGGAACGUCGCGUCCGGGCCAGCCCCCACGAGGCACACUGGGUGCCCGAGGCCUGCGAGCCGGACAGGUCUCCGAGCAAGGGCCGUCUGUCGGCCGCCCCGCGCAGUCCGGGCCGCGUGCCAAGGAGAAGCCAAGUGUCGCCCGGUUGUCCUUUCCUCUCACAAGUAUUUUCCCACUUCGGUUUUCAGAAGAUGGUUCCCUAGUGGUGGGAAAGUGAUAAAAAUGGACCACGUGGCUCGGGACACGUCUGCUCUUGCAGUCACGCAUGUAGCUGCUUCAACAUCUUACUGUGUAUUUGGUUAAAAUUGCAGCUACGGUGGUCACCGCCUUGAAGCAGCCCGCUCCUGUUCGUUUGUUUUUAAUUUUAGGGUAACAGUGUCCCCAGACCAAAGGAAGCCGGUUAGUUCAUUUCAUGUGUAACUCUCCUCUCUUCAGACAUUCUGGGCGUGUUCGUCGCUCCAGUCACGCUCUGCAUAAAAGAAAUCUUCUUAAGCCUAUGGUUAAGAAAAGCCUUGAAGUUUAUAUUCAAUUAAAAUAUACCUUGGUUAAGACAACCCGAUGCUUCUAAUUUUGACUUAGUUUCAUACGAUAAAGUCUAUAUAUGAAAUGUGCACUCUGGAAGAUACCGUUCAUAUCAAUAUUUUGCUUUUUAUAACAAAUGUUUGUUCACAUUGGUAUCAUUUUUGCAGGAUUUGUUUGUGAUUUGUGUCAGUUUGAAAUCGCUGACAUUAAACAUUAGCAAGUAGAAACCAUGCCCCCGUCUCUGUGCAGUUGCGGAUUCACUGCGACUGUUGGAUGCGAGUUUAUGUUGCAAUAAUUUGUUUCUUGAUAUAAUUGCUCUUAUUUCUUUUCCAAAAUUGUAAAAUAAUCCUCUCCCUCAAACGCAAAGGUUGUUUAUGUUCUGUUUCUGUUUUCUUUGAAAUAAAAUUAUAGCAUUAAA